ACGGCAGGAAGCAGUUGGCAACAUUAAUUAUGGAUAGUGCAUAUUAUCUUCAUCUCUUUCCCGCCUCACCCCAUUGAUCAUCCAUCUAUAUAUAAUCCCUACUGUUUAUCCUUCUGUGGACAUCGCCUUCCUUCGCAAUUCCGGUCCUAUGUGAUGGGAAGACAACCCAGGAGUGGAUCAAGGACAUCUGCAUGCACACUUAUGUGCCAGCGGAAUUUGUCUUCUGCAGCAAGACCUUUGAUGAGCACAUCAAGAGCCCCGACACCGACAUCGUCGGCUUGGCCCAAAUCACGAUUGAGCAGUCCCUCUACAACGCGACCAACACCCAGAACCUUGUUCUCAGUCUGCUCAAAGACGCAACAGGACCAGCGCCGCUAAAGGAUGCUCUCAUCACAUGUAAGAGCUCUUAUAAGACACUGGUCGAGUCGUUCCAGCAGGCCUCCUCAUACUUUAGCCAGAAUGAUUACCAGAAAGUGAUUGAUACUGAGAGCCCUGGGUCCCUUGCACAGGACAAGUGCCACAGGAGCUUGACUAAAGUUCCACGGAGCGAUCCCCUGAAUUCCUUGGUGGAGAGUGACAGCCAGAUGAGGAUUCUUGUUUCUAUGUCUCUGGUCACUGCGAAAUAUCUCGUGAGCCCAUGACGUGAUGAGUCUUCUCAAAUUUUUUACUGCUACUUAGUUUCAGCAAUAGGUCUGAAAAAGUAGAUAAAAAUAUCAAAUUUAGAUAUUUGUACCUUGUUGAGGUAAGGAACCAUGGCAUAUAUGUUUGGAUUAGAUUCCAUUUUGCGAGAGUUGAAAAAGCACUAUCUCGUUGAAAGGUUCUCUGUCCCC